AUGGACCGCCCCGAUAUAUGGGCUCCUGAGAGCCUGCAGUUUUACUCAGAUACGAUAUUUAAACGGCUAAAAGUUGCUACAGAACUCGAGCUCUGGCAGGAAAGCUUCAAUACAAAUCUCACCAAGAAGGAUUUGCAAUCCAUUGCAUCUUCUGUAGUUUUCGCUGGUCUUUCAGUUGCUUGA